AUGGUGGCUUCGGUAAAACGUACUGUAAGAAUCAAGACUCAGCAGGCCAUUCUGCCCGAUGUUCCGCCACCAGUGGAGAACUUUCCGAUGAGAAAAUGGAGCAUCGAGAUCUUUCUAUUAGAUGAGCAAGGGAAUGAAGUGCCGGCCACUAUUUUCGACAAAGUUGUGUACCAUCUACAUCCUACAUUUCCCAAUCCAACUCGAACCUUCACAGAAACACCUUUCAAAAUCGAAGAACAAGGAUGGGGUGGUUUUGAACUUCUAAUCAGUGGUCAUCUGCUGGAAAAGGGCGGGGAAAGAAAGCUGACGCACGAUUUGCAUUUCAUGAAAGAUGUUUACGAGGUGGACCAUGUCAUUCAAGUGCCCAUCAAUAAACCCAUACUCAAGGCUGAAUUGAUGAAAAGUGGGCCAGUGGACGAAACUGCCGUUUCUGCAGCUGGAACUCCAGUUUCCAACGUCGCAGUUGGUGGGGGAGAAAAACGAAAAGCUGCAGCAGCAGCUGCGGCGGAGUCUAAAAGCAAGAAGGCCAAAACCGGAAGUGGAAGCGCCCUGAAGGGCAAUGUGGAUCUGGAAAAGCUAGCAUUUGGUCUCACCAAACUGAAUGAGGACGAUCUAGUUGGUGUUGUUCAGAUGGUAACGGACAACAGAACUUCAGACAUGAACAUUACCAAUAACAUAGAAGAAGGUGAAUUCAUAAUUGACCUUUACAGCUUGCCCGAGGGCCUGUUGAAGAGUCUGUGGGAGUACGUUAAGAAGAAUACCGAGUAG